AUGUCCAGCAAUCGGGUCCGAAUCUCAGAUGUAGAGUCGAUCAUGAACUUCGCCCUGAGGAGCCGCUUCCCACCUCCCUUAGCUUGGCCAGCCCCACUGACGAAUCCGUCAUAUUUGGAGGUGGAAAUUAACCAGGCGAUGAACAAGCUGAUAUUCUCCCUUACACUGAACCUCCGCGCAAACGCUGCUAGCACAGUGGCAUACCUGGACUGGGUGCCCUCGUACUUCAGAUCGUCCAGCAACCGACAGGUGCUACACGAACUGCCGGAAGAGGAUGCGGAUGCAUCAUGGCGACUUGCCUGCCGCUGCUGGGCUUCCACCCGCCCCAGCACGUCGCAGUGCUGCGAGCUGCGGUUUCGUUCCUCAGAAGGCCAGCAAAGUUGGGCCCUGUCGGCGCUGGAGGCAGAGACCUUCCGCACCCUAGUCGACCACCGGCGCAACCACAAUCUUCGACCUCUGACACAGUGA